AAAAUGCAAUAAUUAAAUGAAAGUUUAAUAAAAUAUAUUCUCAGUUAUAAAUCGGUCAAUAUACCAUACAAAUUUUAGUAUUCUUGAAAAUGUUUUCUAAAAUGUAUUCUUUUGUAUUAAUUGUUAUGUGCGGUUGUUUUUUUGGAGAUGUUUUUGGAAAUACUUUUUUUAUUGACACGAAUGGAAACAUUAAUAAAUAUCGAACAAUUGUCAAAAAUAAUUUUCUUACCGAUGCUGAUUGGAUUUUAGAGUCACAUUGUUUCAGCUCUCCAGAAAUAUAUUUAAAGUGUGGUCCUUUAAAAUUGGAUUUUGUAAUUAAAAAAAAAAUGAAUGCAGAAAUUUUUUUGAAUUAUCGUAAGAGCCAAAUUUAUAUUACCAAUAAACCAAAAAUAAUAAUACAAUUUAUAAUCACGUUCGAAGAAGAGAGCAUUAUAUUGAAUUACAUGAAUGGAAAUAGCUAUUACUCAUACAGUGCUCAAGGUAUUAAUAAUUUACAGUCGUUUAUUCAACAAAUAGACGAAAACAUUCAUUUCAAAGUAGUUAAAAUCUAUGAGUUUAAUCUUCCUAUUAAUAGACCUCUAGAUAAUGAUACGGUUUACGAUACAGAAAUCAUAAGUCAGCUUAGAAAAAUCGAAAGUUCGUCUAUAUGGAAAUAUGCCAAAGAGGAUCUUAUUGAAUUAUAUUAUCCUAAUAAAUCCCAUACAACACUUGAAAAUAUGAUUAAUAACUCGACAACGUACCAAUUGACUGUUAAUGAAGCUCUAAAAAAAGCAAUAACAGCCAUGAACAGACGAAUUUUUAAGUAUGCGCUUUUACUAGUCACAUAUAUCUAUGAGGCACUAUAUAUUAAUUGUUUACCAUUAGAAUUUCGGAAUCAACUUAAUGAUGUUUUUAAUAAAUUGAGUGAAGCACUCGAAAAAUUGAAAAGUUCCACUUAUUUAAGGUAUAGAUUCUGUCAAGUUAACUUAGCUCUCAUUAACUUUUAUGAAAUGAAUAUAAUACGUUCCAUGAUAAAGACUAUCGUAAAUUUUCUCUUUGCACCCGAAGAAUUGGCAAUAUAUAAUUUAGAAGAGACCAAUAGUUCAAAGUCAAGUAAUUCCAAUACACACAUAUUACCAGAAGAGAUAUUAAAUAAAGUAUUUACAGGAUUUUCCAAACUACACGAAACCGACGACGUGCCAUACAAUUUUCAGGCUAUACCGUAUGAACCAGAUGGUAUAAAAGAAAAGUUGCAAAUAAUUUUUUGGUUAAUUGCUACAGAAUACGAAAACAUUUUUGAAUUAGACUAGUAAUUUUAAUAAUUUUGUUUGAAUAGUAGAAAUUUAGUUACCAUAAACUUGUAUAAUAGUUCAAUUAAACGUAUAUUCAAUUAUUCAUAGUACCAUUUUUCUAUCAAUGGAAGACAAAAUGAUAAUAAUUUAGAUAUGAAAUACUAAAAACUCUAAUAAAAUUUUACCCAGUAAAUAUUUUGCGUUACUUUUUUUAAAUUAAUGUUAUGCGAUGCGACUAUAACAAUUGUAUAAUAGUUUUUUAUAUAGUUUAAAUAAAAAUUUUUUUCUUCAAAUUUACAAUAAAUGUAAAAAUGAAUUCAAGAUAGUCAUUUUGUAAAGUAGAUUUUAAGAAAAAAUUUGUUUAAAAAAAUAUUUUUCAGUAUUAAAUUAUCUGUAUUAUUUUAAAAUUAAAAAUUUAAAUUGCAUUCCUACACGUGGCAUAUAUUUUAAAUAUCCUGGAGUAAUGCAUCAUGCUCGUUGGGUGUCUAAAGCUAUAAUUCACUAAAAAAUUUUUAUUUCGUGAUCAAUUUAAACAAUCAAAAAGUGAAGAAAAUUCAUUGCGCAAUAUUUGUAUAUUUCUCAUUCGAUUAUAUAUUGAAACACAGUUUGGUGCACCUAUUGCUUUAUUAGCUCCUUCUUAUGGCCUUAUUUUUUUGAAAAGUCUUAUUGAUUAUCAAAAAAUGGAUAAAAAUAUAUCUCAGUCAAACUUUUCAAAAAAAACUAUGCGGACAUUUAUGGUAUUUAACACCCGAAACGUCGGCACUGGCAUUUUAGAUACUACUUUAACAGUUAAAAUUAAAACUGAAUUGUUUGAAAUUAUAAAAACUAAAAAUACAUCUGUUAAUAGUAAAAUAAUUAAUGUUUCAUUAUAUGAAGUAAUUAUAUUUAAGGAAAAAUAAAUGUAUGAUUUUAUUUAUGUCGAA